UGGGAAUAGUGAACAUAAAAUCACCUCUCAUUCCAACCUUUGCCAGCUCUUAAUGGUGGGAGAAAUGAGUGCCCCGCCCCUCUCACCCGGAGGGGGCGGGGCUGUAGGUCUUGACGUAAUCAGAGGGCGUCGGAGUAGGAGUGGGAUGCCAGUCAGAGAUGCUGGAUUCUCUGUUGGCAUUCGGCGGUGGCCUGGUACUGCUUCGCGAUUCCGUGGAGUGGGAGGGGCGGGGUCUUCUGAAAGCGCUCAUCAAGAAAUCUGCACUGUGUGGGGAGCAAGUCCACGUCUUGGGCUGUGAAGUGAGUGAGGAAGAGUUUCGAGAAGGUUUUGACUCCUGUGUCAACAGCCGGCUGAUUUACCAUGACCUCUUCAGAGACCCUCUCAAUUGGUCAAAAACUGGGGAGACUUCUCCUGGGGGACCCCUGGGAGUCUUGAGAGCCAUGUGCAGGAGGACAGAUCCUGGUCCUACCACCAUAGCCCUUGAUUCACUCAGCUGGCUGUUGCUUCAUCUUCCCUGUACCACACUCUGCCAAAUCCUGCAUGCUCUGAGCCAUCAAAACUCCUACCCUGGUGAUAGUUCACCAAUAAAGCAGGUACAUGUGUUGGGCCUGCUACAUGAAGAAAUUCAUGGUCCAGGCCUCUUGGGAGCACUGAGCAACCUUGCCCAAACUGAGGUGACUCUGGGUGGUGCAAUGGGCCAGGCCUCAGCCCAUCUCCUCUUUCGGAAACCCCAGCAGCACCCAACUUAUCAGACUUCGUGGUUCUCCAUCCUUCCUGACUUUAGCCUGGACCUCCAGGAGGGGCCUCCCGUGGGGCCCCAACACCACUCAGAUCUUCAUACAUCUCUGGUGGACCCCAUGACUCAUUUGACCUUUAAUCUUCACCUGUCUAAGGAAGAAAAAGAAGCCAAGGAUAGCCUGAUUCUGCCUUUCCAGUUCAGCUCUGAAAAACAGCAGGUUCUACUGCGUCCUGGGCCAGGCCAAGCUACCAGCCGCAUCUUCUAUGAGCCAGAUGCUUAUGAUGACCUAGACCAAGAAGACCCAGAUGAUGACCUUGAUAUUUGAGUGACCAGACUUGACUAGACUAAUGGGAAGGGGGUGGGAGGGGGAGGACUGUGGGCCCAGAACCACCUGUUGUUUGUACUAGGCUUACUGUGUGUCUGUACUGCCUUUGCUCCUUUGUCUAGGGAGGCCCUACCCUAUGAGGUAGAAAGCCGCAUCUGAUCAGGACAGAAAGUGGGGUGGAUAGUGUAAGGUGAGGGAAUAGGAACAACCCCCCAUACCUAAUAAAGUGUUUUGAUUUUUU